AACAGACAACGAUUGAUAAGCGGAUACUAAGAGCGGAGUGUCUGCGAGUUGUGCCAGACCACUACAUAUCACUUUUUCAAGAAGAGAUGCUCAAGGAUUUCGACCUUCGGAUAGGAUUCGUCCAUCAAGGCGUUGUUGCACAUGUUGAGGAAAUUGGCAUACCUGAAGAGUUGGAGGCGCACGAUGCCGCGAAAGAUAUCGCUAUACCUCGCGUGUCAUGUUUUAUUGUGAUUGUAACACAGGUGGCACUCUACAAUAUCAAUCGCCUGCCAACCGUAUUCAAGGACGCGGUAUGGGAAACUAUUGACGAUAUUAUCUAUGAGAGUGCUGAAAUUCCAGAUAUCCUUUUAUUUGUUAUUGGCAAUUGCAUAGAGAAAGCGAUGGAAGAAAUCAGUUACAAACAAUUGAAGAGUGAAAGUACGUCUCUUAAACCGAUUAUGGGAUAG